CCCCAACCUCGAACUUCUUUCUGAAGACAGAUGUCACCACCUGGAUAACAACUACCGUUAAGCGGUCGAAGGUCUAAAGUCUUAAGUUGGAAUCUUCUGGAUUGACUGCGGGAUUCAAAGCAGACACGAAGCAAGCCGUAAGAAAAUGGCGCCAAAGGCGAGGAAGAAUCGUUCUCCACCGUCGGAUCCUGACGGAAUCUUCUCCGGAAUGGUCGUCUUCCUCGUCGAUAAUGACGUCCAAAGACGUCGUUUAGAGAUAUGGAAGCAAAAACUAGGGCAGAUGGGAGCAAUCAUAGAAGAAGAAAAGUUGUCACAGAAUGUGACUCACGUUUUUGCUGUUAACUCCGACUCAUUGCGCAAGAAAUUUGGCCAGAAACAAUUACAGCGCUUCAAAGGGAUCAUUCUCCCUUAUCAGUGGUUGGAGGACAGCUUGCAUCUAGGAAAGAAAGUUAAUGAGGAAUCAUACACUAUACAUUUGGAUUCAUCCCAAAAUCCCCUAAAAAACUCAUCUAAUGAGAACUCUAUUAAACCCACUGAUGUGAAAGAAUCUAGUGACAAUCAGUUACACCCCCAUAAAAAGCUGAAAUCCUCACCCAAAACCUCAGAAGGUUCUAGUUCUGAAAUGAAGGACAAGUCAUUAGAUGAAAAGGUCAGUGCACCAGAUGCUUCGUUGCCAUAUCAUCCUCCUGAUUUAAAUAGAGAUAUCACAGAAAUAUUUGGCAAGCUUAUCAAUAUAUAUCGAGCUUUGGGUGAUGAUCGAAGAUCUUUCAGCUAUUACAAGGCGAUUCCAGUUAUUGAAAGGUUGCCAUUUAAAAUUGAAAGUGUGGAUCAAGUCAAACAUUUACCUGCUAUUGGGAAGUCAAUGCAGGAUCAUAUAAAUGAGAUUGUGACUACUGGGAAAUUGUCCAAGUUGGAACACUUUGAGAGUGAUGAAAAGGUAAGGACAAUUAGUUUGUUUGGGGAAGUAUGGGGGAUUGGUCCAGCAACUGCAUUGAAACUGUAUGAAAAAGGACACAGAAGUCUGGAGGAUUUAAAAAGUGAUGACACAUUGACAAAGUCACAGUGUUUAGGGUUGAAAUAUUUUGAUGAUAUCAAAACAAGGAUACCACGUGAUGAGGUGCAAGAGAUGGAGUGCUUGCUACAGAAAGCUGGAGAAGAUGUUUUACCUGGUGUGAAUGUUGUGUGUGGAGGAUCCUUCAGACGUGGAAAAGCUAGUUGUGGGGAUAUGGAUAUUGUGAUUACACAUCCUGAUGGAAAAAGUCAUGUAGGGUUUCUACCCAAGUAUGUAAAUCAUUUGAAGGAUAUGAAGUUUUUAAGAGAGGAUUUGGUCUUCAGUAUCCAUAGUGAGCAGGGUACUGAUUCUGGAGUUGAUACAUACUUUGGUCUUUGCACAUAUCCUGGUAGGGAGCUGAGGCAUCGCAUUGAUUUGAAGGUGUACCCAAAGGAAAUAUAUCCAUUUGGGCUAAUUGCAUGGACAGGGAAUGAUGUGUUAAAUAGAAGGCUGAGAAUACUUGCGGAAAGCAAAGGAUUCCGGUUAGAUGACACAGGGCUCUUCCCUGCAACUCAAGGUUCUGGAGGGAAAAGGGUUAGUGCUAGCACAAGUUUGAAAUUUAACUCGGAAAAGGAAGUGUUUGAGUUUCUUGGAUUUCCGUGGCUUGAACCACAUGAACGAAAUAUUUAAUAUUUAAUAUCUGAUACCCAGGGAAAAUGUUUUCUUGUGUUAACUUUGUAAAUAGACAAAUCGACUGUUUGUAAUUGUAUAAACUUUAUUUUGAUAGAAACAUAAUUAACAACAUUAGCAACAUACAUGAUACAUGCUUCUUAUGCAACACCUAG